CGUAAUGGAGUUUCUAUGGAGACAGACAUUCUUUUGCAUUUGUAUUAAUGUAAUUAUUAGUGAUGUACUCGUGAAUGGUCAAAGUUCUCCAGCAGGUGCCAGCUUCGCACCACCUAUUUCAGUGCUCUCUGGAGCGGGGCUACCACCGAGUUUCACACCUCAACAAAUUCAAAGCAAAGAAUACGCUAAGCCAGUUUCGGAUCUCCUCAACACAGUUUUACGUGGAACGGCUUCUAACGGAGUAUGUCCCGAAUACAUGCCGUUCCGGUUAAUACCAUCGGGAUUACAAAAACAAAAAGAAAGUGUUGGGCCACUACAUCAACCAAAUAAUCCCUUCUAUUUAAACGAUCAAUAUUUUCUCCCUCAAGAUGAACGUGUACAAUUUAAUCACGUUCCACCUUCGAAUUCGAUCCAACCCUAUCCUAUUGCAUCUUCGUCCGUAGUUGUGCCUUCUCCGUCAAUAGCACCAUUAACUACUUAUACAACUCCAUUAUUACCCCAGUAUCCUAUUGCGUCCCAACACCAAGAAACACCAACGACAAUGUCAUAUCCUCCCGGAACUUAUUUCAAUCCUUCUGAUAAUCAUUUUGUCGAUUCCUAUACCGGAUAUACAAUGCCUCUUAAUUUGCUAAAUUUUAGCAUUCCCGAAAAAAGUUCGGAUCUGUUUUAUUUGCCGAAACUAUAUUUAAAACCUUUAGAAUACGUUUCACCUCCCUUAUAUUCUGAGCCAUGUUUUCAACCUCCUAGCGGAUUACAAAAUGAUCCAAACUAUAUUUAUAAUACGGGAAAUUUUCAGUUGGAUCCUCCAAAGGUUCCUGAAACAGUACCGUAUGAAUAUUACCAGCAAUCUUAUCCUCUACCUAUAAAUAAUUUUUCACCGGAUCCAUUCCCUGAAUACUAUAAUUUAGCACCACAAACUUACAUUCAAUAUGAAAAAUCUUUUGAAGAACAUUAUCCAAAUUAUAAAUUGACAUCUCUCCCUCCAGUUAUUCCUCUACAGCAAUUCAAUACAAAAUGCUUACCGACAUCUACUGUGUGUUCAAGUAACACACCUUAUCUCACACCGUACGAGAAUCUACCGCCGUCUCCUAUACAUUUGCAAAUUACUUUACCUCCUUCACCAGCUCCUGUGAUUGCAAUAUUAGGUCCUAGCCCGACAUACCCAGAAUCUCCACCCAAGUCUUUUCAUCCUCCAAAUGGUUAUUUCGGGAUGCCCUAUCCAAUUAUAAUAGACAGUAAGGAGCCAGGCUGGAAGGAUUGGUUUCGUGCAAUAAUCGUGUAUAUUUUACUCAGUAGAAACUAGUUGUGGAGGAAACUCUUGCGGUUCUUGUUGUGGCUCUGAUAAUGAAUAUGUCCCGUUUCCAAUACCUAUACAAAUAACCCAAUUAUGCUAUAAAUACGCGUAUUUUUAAGUACAAUUAACAGAGCAUAAGAUUUAAGAACACUGAACCAAGUUAUUUUUAGGUGGUACUAAAUUAUAUUUUAGAGUGUAAAUAUUUAUACCUAUGUAUCUAUUUGGUGUUAAGUUGAAAUAAAAAAAAAAUUCAAUAGUAUUUUGUUUCGUGUUUCGAUUCUUUUUAGUGGCCAUAAUUGAAAUACGAUGUUUUUCAUUGAGCUUCUUUACUUUCAUGUUAUAUAAAUCAAUGCGAUAUAAUAAAAUCUUACCUAAGCAGUAUUAAAUAAAUUAAUCAAUGCAUUCUUGCUUUUUCAAUUUUUCUGACGAUGAAUUGGCCGCAACUACACGGUCCACUCGAGUAAAUUUAAAAUGUAUAAUCUCAACACUUCCACAUAUUAUGUUACAUAAUAAUGCUAUAUAAAAGAUUGCAUUCAAAA